AAAUACGUUUCCGAUUCGCCGUCGUCACUCUUCACCAACCGCGUGUGUCCUGCCGUGGUCCAGUUCUGUUCUGCUGGGGACCUGUCUGGGUAGAGGUGCUCUGCCGUGGGACGGAUCAAUCCAACAAGCUCUGCCGUGGUCCAGUUCUGUUCUGCUGGGGACCUGUCUGGGUAGAGGUGCUCUGCCGUGGACGGAUCAAUCCAACAAGCUCUGCCGUGGAACGGAUCAAUCCAACAAGCUAUUGACGCUGUCUUUACACGGGUAAAUGAUUCAACUGGAACUAUGGAAUAUAAAGCCAUGAACCAAGAGAAACUCUCCAAACUUCAGGCCCUGGUCCGGAUAGGUGGAAAGGGAACAGCUCGUAGGAAGAAGAAGGUGGUUCACAGAACAGCGACGGCUGACGACAAAAAACUCCAGAGUUCCUUGAAGAAACUGGCAGUGAACAACAUCUCUGGUAUUGAGGAGGUCAACAUGAUAAAGGACGAUGGCACAGUGAUCCACUUCAACAACCCCAAGGUGCAGGCCUCUCUGUCUGCCAACACGUUUGCCAUCACAGGCCAUGCAGAGAACAAACAGCUCACAGAGAUGCUCCCGGGCAUCCUCAGCCAGCUGGGGGCAGACAGCCUCACCAGCCUCCGCAAACUGGCUGAGCAGUUCCCACGCCAAGCACUUGACAACAAAGCGACGUCAAUCAGCAAACCAGAAGAUAUUGAAGAGGAGGAUGACGAUGUUCCAGAUCUUGUAGAAAACUUUGAUGAGGCGUCAAAGAAUGAAGCCGACUGAACCAAUCCAACUCCAACCCUCUACUACCCUCCACCUAGUACCAACUACCCAGUACCUGCUCAGUACCCCACCUACUAACCAGUACCCACCCCCUCUAUCAUGUGGGCUCAAACAGGGGGCCUGUUCAGGAAGAUGUAACGUUACAGAACGUUCAGCUAAAAAUGUAACGUAUAGAACAGAUAUGAAUGUCUGUCAAAUGCAACAGGGAAUCAUGUCAGCUCUAUCCGUUCUGUUUCAAUCUGUGACGUUCAGAAUGUUUCACGUUAACUGAAUACACCCCAGACCUCUCUGUUACGGUAGAACUGUUGUUGAUGGAAAGGCGUCGUCUGGGGUAUUUUAACCUCAGAGAAACCAACUUGGGGCUGUGUGUCCCAAAUGGCUCCCUAUUCACAGGGUUCUGGUCAAAAGUAGUGCACUAUGUAGGGUAUAGGGUGCGAUCUGGGACGCCGGACCCGUGUACCAACCCAUAGCAACACAACAAUACAUCAUGUGUUUUUUUAACAGGCUGUCGCAUUCAGGACUAGAUUCCCCCUUGAGUGACUAGGGCACUUAGGUCGUGGCUGAAAUGGCACCCUAUCCUCUUGCACUAUACAGUGAAUAGGGUCCCAUUUCGAAACGCACCUUCAGUACAGCCGUCAGUCAUCUAAAGGUUUAAAAGGCCCUUUGCUAUAGAACGUCUAACGCGUUCCAACCCAGCCGUGUCAGACAGCAUUGGUCUUAUUGAAUUGUUUUUCUUCCUGUGUUAUUAAAAACAAAAUAAGUGAUCCAUUAA